UUGAAAGUCGGUUUCGGAGACGGCCGCGCACUUUUAGACGGGAGUUUCGUUUUGAGCGCAAGCAAUGACGAUGCCUUCCGAAAAACCUGCAGGAUUAAAUCACGGAAUUGGUGAAAGCAGAAGAGCUUCCAAACCGCUGAUAGAAAAAAGACGAAGAGCUAGAAUUAACCAGAGUUUGGCAGAGCUAAAAUCCCUCGUCGUCGAUUCUAAAAAGGAAGUUCAUGCCCAGAAUACAAGGCCUCCAAAGUUGGAAAAGGCAGAUAUACUGGAAUUGACUGUAGCUCAUCUUAGAAAUUUACAUGAAUAUAUAGCCCAGCCAACAUCUUCAGAAGGAGAUGACAACAGCUACAAAGCUGGCUUUUCCAGAUGCCUUCAAGAAGUCUAUCAGUUCAUCGAAAAGGAAGCCAAUCUCAGCAGAGCCCAGAAAACUCGCCUGCUCUCCCACCUCACCAGUGUCGGCCCAGUGCUUCUUUCACAAAGCAGUCCCGACUCUGCUUCAAUUGCCAUGGAGGACUCAGCAUCUUCCUGUUCUUCCAACAGCAGAAGCGGCACGCCUCUUAUAGAAUCAAUGGACUACAUGCCUUGUAGUCCCCUCAGCGACUCUAAUCAAGAUGUAUCCUCGACUUCCUCCUCGUCCCCUUCGAAUUCCAGAACUCUAAACGGAUGGAACAAGCCGGAUCAUAAAGUUCCCUCCGUCAGGAACGUUUCAUCGAACAUAUUGAGUGAUUUCAACAGGGAGGGUUCUUCCUCACCGCCAUCCCAUUCCAGGCUAACUGUGAUCUGUAAAAAAGAGCAUUCCUCCUCGAGUGCAAUGAAGAUGGAAUUUAAGAAUGCGUCUACAAUUUCUAGUGAACUUUCAGUAGAUUCUUCGAACUAUUCAAGGCACAUGUUUCCACAGAUUUGUUCGGAUUCUGUACCUAUUUCCUCCAAGAAAGAGCUUGUCAACACCAACUUCGAGCAAAGAUUUUCCCCCGCCCAUAAUUCUACUUCAAACAAAACAUUCAAACCCAAUCAGGUUUCUCCUGGUGUGGUUUUAAAUGCCAACACUCCUUUUCAACAGGAUUAUAGUUCUGCAAUGUGCAACUCAAAUGGACCAUUAAAUUUAGCAUCAAGCUCUAGAGAGUCAUUAGUUAAGUCACGUUAUUCCUGCACCAGCAAUGGUAACAGGAACACUGUUGAAAAUUUUGACUACACUAAUGGAUGCCUUAAGCCAAAUCUCGCUGUUGAAAGCACUGCUAAUAGACUUUUCGUUAUGAGGAAUCCCCAAAAUCACACAGAAUCAUCAAUUGCUCAAAUGGACCCCGUUUGGAGACCUUGGUGA